CCUAAAUCGCCGGAGACGCCGUCCAGCCGCCUCAUCAGCCAUUUCUUUUCCUUUCUUCAUUUUCUGCGUGAUAAAGAAGAUCUGAGAGUGUAGGUUUCGUCAUCCAUGGACGAAUUGAAGCUUAUACAGGGGAAGGGGAAGAACAGUCAUUCGGAUUGAGAUUGGGAUUUGGUAGCAUCGGCAAAUUUGGCUGAAUUUGAAAUGGGCUUUGCAAUUUAAGCUUCCAUUAACCCUCGGGACUUCUUCUCUCUCUCUCUCUCUCUGGCUUGCCUCAUUCUCCGGCCCCCUGCAGCGAAGCUUCAGAACCCCUUGCAAACUUCAAAUGCAUAUAUUGAGAUUGAGAUGGCUUCUCAAAGCUUUUUCUGGACUUUAGCUAAGCAAUCUCUCACUGCAGGUCUAGUUUGCCUCACAAUAACUGACCGAUAUGCCUGCGUUAUUCCUGUUCGCGGCUCAUCCAUGUCUCCUACUUUGAAUCCUCGUUGCAAAAACUCUUCACCAUUUGUGAUGGUUGCAGACGAUCGCGUGCUAGUUGAAAAAUUUUGUCUUAACAAAUACAAAUUUUCACGGGGAGACGUUGUAGUUUUUCGUUCACCAAUGAAUUAUAAGGAGAAAUACAUAAAGAGGAUUGCUGCUUUGCCUGGUGAUUUGAUCCAUCUCUCUUCAUGUCACACCGUGAGCGUCCCAAAAGGCCAUUGUUGGGUUGUCGGAGAAGAUGCAUCUUGUAGCUUAGACUCAACAUCAUUUGGCCCUAUUCCUAUGGGAGUGAUAUGCGGCCGAGUUACACAUGUUGUGUGGCCACCUCAAAGAAUAGGUAGAGUUGGGAAUGAAGUUCCUAUGUUCCCAGAAGUGGAGCAAAUUGGCAUUUCAUCCCAAAGUGGCUGAGGCAGAUGGUAUCCACACCAUAUAAGUCGAGACUCUGAUUGUUUUUUGGUUAAUGUGCUCGGGCAAGAAAAUUACUCAGAUACGCGGGACUGGUAAAUAUAGGGUUGGUUCGGUUUCAAUCACCGGUCUGAACAUUGCUUGCCCAAUGCAAGUUAGUUCUUGAAUCAAGAAUAUGCAAUUUAUUUGGUUCACAUCUAUUUAACAAAUAGCUAAGAAACAUUAUAUAUGUAUAGCACAGUCCAUGAGUUGCUGCACAAAUAUUUCUUAAUGAAUUUCUAUUGUUGUUGAAGAUAUGUGAUUAUGGG